AUGGUCCAGCGCCACACUCCCUCUCUUUCCACCCUCUACCCCGACCUCCUCGGCGCUCUACUCCUUAGCGCGAUCUCCGCUCCCACCAUCUUCGUCCCCACCACCUUCCAGGAAGCUAUCACCUGCCCUGACGCUGACAAGUGGAUAGCCGCUAUCUUCCUGGAAUGUGAGGCGUUCAUCCGCAACGACUCCUUUAUCGACGUUCCCCUUCCCCCUGACGCCAACCUUGUCGAGGGCAAGUGGAUCUUUCGAGUCAAACAGCUGCCGGGAGAGGAACCAGUCUACAAAGCCCGCUAUGUUGCUAAGGGGUUCACCCAGACCUGGGCUGAGGACUACUGGUUCACAUUUGCCCCCACCCUCAGGCAAGCCACCCUACGCACCCUUAUGGAUAUCGGUGCGCGGGACGACAUGGAGAUUGACUCCAUGGACCUGAAGCGACCGGUCUACGGCCUGAAGCAGGCACCACGAGAAUGGCAUGCGAAGCUGUCUGCUACUCUCCAGUCCCUUGGCUUCUCCCCCUCCCACUCCGACGCCAGCCUCUUCAUCCGCUCUUCCCCCAGUCGCUUUUUCAUCUCGGUCUACGUCGAUGACAUGAUCCUGCUCGCUGACACCAGGACUGACAUGGAUCAAGUGAAACGGUCUCUUCAGGAACGUCUCAAGUGCAAGGACCUUGGUCCCCUCCAGAACUACCUCGGCAUGGCUAUCACUCGUGAUCGAUCCGCCCGCACCAUCACCCUCUCCCAGUCCCACUACAUCGGCCAGGUCCUGGAAAAGUUCGAGAUGGCACAAGCCAAACCAGUCUCCACACCCCUCCCCUUCGGUCACCAGCUUGCGCCACCCACCUCCCCCUCCACCUCCUCCCGGCCCUACGCCGAGCUUGUUGGGUCGCUGAUGUACGCAAUGAUGUGCACUCGUCCCGACCUCGCCUACCCUGUCAGCGUCCUUGCUCGAUUCGUCGGCCCCGGCCGCCACACUGAGGAACACUGGACUGCCGCCAAGCGAGUCCUCCGCUAUCUUCGUGGCACCAGGGACCACGCUCUCACACUGGGUGGAUCUUCCCCCCCCCUUCUCUCUGGCUUCAGCGACUCCUCCUGGGCAGACUGCCAGCCAGACCGCCGCUCCUCCCAAGGCUAUGGCUUCACCCUCGGUAGCGGCCUCAUCAGCUGGCGCUCUACUCGCUCCUCCGCCAUCGCCCUCUCCUCCUGUGAAGCUGAGCUCUAUGCUGGCACCAUGGCCGCGCAAGAGUCCCGCUGGCUCUGCUUCCUCCUAGCUGAGCUUGGUGUUCCCCAGCGCUGCCCCACCCUCUGGUGUGACAAUGCCAGCACCAUCCAUCUCACCCAAGACCCCGUUUUUCACGGUCGCUCCAAGCACAUUGAGCUCCGCUAUUUCUUCAUCCGUGACCUUGUCCAACAGAAUCUCAUCGCCGUUCGCAAGAUCGCCGCUGAAGCCAACCUGGCAGAUAUCUUCACCAAACCACUUCUUCGCCCUGCGCACUCUGCUCUUCUCCGCCUCAUCGGCCUCGCUCCCCCAGGCGCGCCUUGA